AUGUCCUCUUCGGAGUCUCAAGAUGAGACGCACCUAACACCAAGUGCUCUCGGCACAAAAGCCCACUGGGACUCGCUUUAUGCCCUUGAACUCACAAACCACUCCUCCAAUCCAUCAGAUAUUGGCACCGUAUGGUUUUCAGAUUCCGAUUGUGAAUCCCGGAUUUAUCAAUACUUAACAUCUGAUGACCUUUCAUUAAGCCCCACAACAACGUUUUUAGAUGUUGGAACUGGAAACGGGCAUUUACUGUUUUCUUUACUCGAAGAUGGAGAUUUUGAAGGAGAUGGAAUGGUUGGAGUAGAUUAUUCCGAAGGAUCAGUUGAAUUGGCCAAAAAUAUUGCAGAACAAACGCCGAAUGCCGAAGGUGUGAAGUUUAUUCGAUUGGAUAUAAUAAAAAGUUCCACCGAGUUGGAUUUCUUCGGAUCGCGGAUUGCCGAAGAAGGCGGAUUUGAUGUGAUAUUGGAUAAAGGGACAUUCGAUGCGAUCUCACUGAGCGAUGAAAUGCUUGAUGAUGGUUCGGGGAGGAGGAUAUAUGAAGUAUAUCCAGAGAAGGUGGCGAAGUGGUUGAAACCUGAGGGUGGGAUUAUGCUCAUCACUAGCUGCAAUUGGACGGAGGAUGAGCUUGUAAAAAAAAUGACAAGCAGUAAUAGUGGACUUGAGAAAAUGGGAAGAGUAAAAUACCCCGAGUUCACGUUUGGAGGCAAGAAAGGAAGCACAGUGUGCACCGUCGCAUUUCGCCGGAAGGCAUAA